AUGUCUCCCUCUUCCCUCCUCCCCCUCUUCCUCCCCCUCCUCCUCCUCUCCAUCACCAACGCCACCGUCGAUGACACCUGCAAAGCCGCCACCGCUAGCAACUACAAGGUCGACUACGGUUUCUGCACAACCUCGCUCCGAGCAAACCCAAAGAGCGAAACCGCCGACCCUAAAGGUCUAGGCCUCAUCGGCACUCAGCUCUGCCUAACCAACGCAACCAACACCGGCACCAAGAUUAAUGACAUGAUCAAGAACGGAAACUUUAGUCACGAGGUCAAGGAAAUCUUGCGGUUGUGUGAUGGGGCUUACAACAAUCAGAUUGAUCUGCUCAACGGAGCGAUGGAUUCGUUCGAGAAAGGGGAUUACAGCGACGCUGUAGUGAAGGUUGGGAGGGUGAAGGAGAGGGCUUACGACUGCGAUGAUUUGUUCUUUGAAGGGGGAGAAGAGGAUUUGUUGAAGAAGGAUGAGGGCGAUUUGGACGGGCUGAGUGGGCUCGCUUUGUUCCUCAUUGGGCGUUUGAGAGGGAGUGAUAUCAGCAAGAAAUGAGCAAUUAGUGAGAAAGAGAAACAGGGAGACCUGGUUUAAAG